GUCGACGAUACCCCUCCGCUCUCGCGUUACUCUCAUGGCUCGCUUUGGUCUCCUCUGUUUGUUUGCUGCUGCGCUUGGUAGCGUUGCUGCAUCCCCCUCCAACCUGCAGCAAUUCAUGGAGAAACAGCCAUCAACGGUGCUGGACAAGAAAUGGGAUUGGACUGAUUGUGGCUCCUCCUCGCACAUUAUUCACAUCAAGAGCAUCCAGGUCUCCCCAGACCCGCCCCAGCGUGGUGAGGAGCUCACGAUAACUGUUGAGGGUGAUGCGGACGAGACCAUUGAGGAUGGUGCAUAUGCCGAUGUCACCGUCAAGGUGGGCGUGAUUAAGAUCUUGUCGAAGGAAUUCGACAUUUGCGAAGAGGCCGACAAGGCGAAUACAACCGUCCAAUGUCCUGUUCAGAAGGGCACGCACAAGGUCAUCCAGUCAGUCGAGCUGCCCAAGGAGAUUCCUCCCGCACAAUUCAAGGUCAACAUCAGGGCUUACACCGUCGACGAUGAGGACCUUGCGUGCAUGGACCUCAUGAUGGACUUCAGGCCCAACCGUGGCCUUUCGAUGCUCAACUGGUGAUUCUUGCGCGGGUCUUGCACGUUCUCAACCUUUCUGUCUUUGCUUGUGAUAUGUCAUCACUGUACGCAUACCAUGUAAUUAACCACUAGUGCCACUUGCUGGGAAUGUUACCUUUUCACUGGACUUCAA